AAGAUUUUGUUCAUUUGAUUGUUGAAAAGAAGAGCUGAUUUCCGUAAAUUGUUUUAUGAUGAUGACUCGUUCAAAUAAUUAUAUCGUUGUUUGCGUAACUCUACUUCUCCAACUCAGUGUCGUGAUUUGUGUGAGUUCAAGCAAUGUUACAACCAAUUCCUCGUCACUUCCAUUCUUUGACCAUGUUAUCAUAAUCAUGAUGGAAAACACAGGAAGAGCCAAUAUUACAGAGCACUCCAGCGAAAUGCCUUUCAUUAAUGAACUGAUCAAAACAAAGAUGUACGCUUCUCAUUAUCAUGGCUAUACCAAUCCAAGUCUUCCAAACUAUAUAGCAAUCACUGCAGGUUCCAACUAUUGGUCAUUUUCAGAUGAUCCCAACCAGACUUUUCCUCAUACCAAUAUAGCUGACCUUCUUGAGAACAAAGGUAUGACUUGGAAAAACUAUGCCCAACAUAUCCCAUCAGUAGGUUUCCUCGGAAAUUUCUAUCCUAGCAAUUCUUCGACCGCGUUAUACGUCAAAAAGCAUACUCCAUUUGCACUGUAUCCCCAAAUUACAGAGAAUGCAACUCGUGUCCGGAACAUAGUCCCAUAUAGCCAUCUCAUGACAGAUCUGGAAAGCGGAACUUUACCCAACUAUUCCUUUAUUACCCCAGAUGUUUGCCAAGAUAUGCACGGACAAAGUGGAAACCUCUGUCCUUACUCCAACUUGACAUUACUGUGGACUCAAGGUGAUAAGUUUGUAGAAGAUUGCGUCACAAACAUAACCUCCUCCAAAAUAUGGCAAUCUACCAACUCUGUUAUCUUCCUCACAUGGGACCAGUCAGACUAUGACAAUAAUAAGUCUACUGACGGAUGGGAAUAUGUAACUGCAGGGCCAGAUAGCCCUGUCUUGAAAAAGGGAACUAAAUUACUUCCUGCCGGAGGUGUCUAUGGCGGUGGACCAGUUCCACUGAUUGUUAUGUGGAGUGAGCAACCAAACAGAACCAUGGUCUCCACCACAAAGAGUAAUCAUUUGAACACACUCAAGACUAUUCUUGAGGCAUGGGAUUUACCACUUCUUGGAUACACUUCUGACGAACAACAAGUCCAGAGUUUUAAAGAGUUUUUCCAAUGACCUAGUGUUUUGUUCAAUUUCUUUGUGUGGCGUUAGUAAAACAUGUCCUGAUGAG